AGUCGUGCGUUUCUUUCGCGUCAAGCCGACGAUCAUGCCUCUUCUUUGGAGGCCGAUUUUUUUCAUUCUUCUUUCGCUAAUUUCAUUCGUUGUCGCUGACUUGUUCAGUAACUCAUUUUUGGUUAGGUUCAAACGCGAUUUGAACCCUGAUGAGGCCCACCAGGUCGCGAAACGUCACGGCUUCGUCAACAUGGGACCGGUUUUACAGUCGAAAAGUGAAUAUCACUUCAUCAAUCAUGCCCUUCCACCUGCCAGGAAGAGAAGGAGCAUCCUACAUACAAGAAAACUGAGAUCAGAUCCUCUGAUCCACAAUGCUAUCCAACAAGCCGGUUUUCUUAGAGUUAAGCGAGGCUACAAGCCUUUAAAAGUGGAGAAUCUAGUGAAAAAUAUACAGCCACAUCAGGAUCCCAGCGAUCCUUAUUUUCCUUUUCAAUGGUACCUGAAGAACACUGGGCAGAAUGGCGGAAAAGCUAAACUGGACCUCAAUGUUGAGGCCGCAUGGGCUCAAGGGGUAACUGGGAAAAAUAUUACCACUGCCAUUAUGGAUGAUGGUGUUGAUUAUAUGCAUCCCGAUUUAAAGUUCAAUUAUAAUGCGAAGGCGAGUUUCGACUUCAGCAGUAACGAUCCAUAUCCGUAUCCUCGAUAUACAGACGACUGGUUUAACAGCCAUGGAACCAGAUGCGCUGGGGAAGUUGCAGCUGCAAGGGAUAAUCGCAUAUGUGGAGUUGGAGUAGCGUAUGAUUCAAAGAUUGCAGGAAUUCGAAUGCUUGAUCAGCCCUACAUGACGGAUUUAAUCGAAGCCAAUUCCAUGGGACAUGAGCCGAACCUCAUAGACAUCUACAGUGCUUCUUGGGGGCCUACUGAUGAUGGAAAAACAGUGGAUGGACCAAGAAAUGCCACCAUGAGAGCGAUCGUUAAGGGCGUGAAUGAGCAACAACUGAUUUGUAUGGAAAAUGCACAACCACCCAUUCAGGUACCAGUGCAGCAGCCCCAGAAGCAGCUGGGGUUUUCGCAUUAGCACUCGCAACAAACUGACCUGGAGAGACAUUCAACAUCUCACAGUGCUAACUUCCAAGCGCAACUCUCUGUUCGAUGCCAAAGGCCGCUUUCAUUGGACUAUGAAUGGAGUUGGUUUGGAAUUCAAUCACUUAUUUGGAUUCGGAGUUUUGGAUGCUGGUGCCAUGGUCGCUUUGGCCAAGCAAUGGAAAAGCGUACCUCCCAGGUACCAUUGCGAAGCUGGUACGGUUUCGGAGACGAGGAAAAUUCCUUCACAAGGAUCGAUGGUUUUAAUGAUCGACACCAACUCCUGCAAAGAAGACAACACCGAAGUGAGAUAUCUGGAACACGUUCAGGCGGUAAUAUCAUUGAAUGCAACUAGAAGGGGCGAUGUUGAGUUAUUCCUGACUUCUCCCAUGGGAACAAGAUCGAUGAUUCUUAGCCGAAGGCGGAACGAUGACGAUAGCAGAGACGGUUUCUCCAAAUGGCCAUUUAUGACGACACACACUUGGGGAGAGUAUCCGCAGGGAAUAUGGAAGUUGGAAGUAAGAUUUAACUCAGAAUCGCCCCAAAGUGGCUUUUUCAAGGAAUGGUCCCUAAUGUUGCACGGAACCAAAGAUCCGCCCUACACUGAACUCCCAGUGCUGGAUCCCCAUUCCAAACUGGCGAUUGUAAAAAAAGCCCACGAGGUAAGAAGCCAGAUGUAAAGAAGCACAAAGGAAAAACCAAAGAAAACUCCAAGAUGAAAAAUAAUAAACCUAUAACGAACAUGCGGAUCAAAUGUUUAUAGAGAUUUUAAUUUUUGUUACACAAUAUAUUUGUUGAAGGAGUAAACUAAACUACUUCUCAAAGUCAUCCUGCAGUUUUAUUCAGUCUACUGCUGUUUUUUAGGGUACACACCAAACCAUUAUUAACAUACAGUCAGGAUAAAUAAAGAUUAUUUUACCGAAAACAUUUUGAGAAAAUCACUAAAUAGAUUGAAUCAAAAGCUAUUAUUAUUGUAUAUUAUAUUCAAAUACAGUUGAGUACAUGUUCUAACGUUAUCAAUUAUUGACAUCGCAUACCAAGACUCAUACAAAAACACCAAUUUAAACCCUUUCAUAAGUAGAGCAAUAAAAGGAAAAUUAAAACUGAUUAAAGUAUGUUAACAUACAACAUAACAUACAGAUAAAUCUCCACUAUUUAUGCAUUACAAAUAUAAUGAUUCAAUGUAUUUGGUCAAUUUCCUUAUUUUCCAUUAACGCAGGCAAUUCACUAAAAGUUCAAAUAAAUACUAAUUUAAUAUAAUUUUCAUCCAACCCAGACAUUUCGCACUAAAACAUGUAGCUUAAAAAAAGUUUAUCAAAAAGAUCCAACAUAUCUACUCAGAAAAAACCUAUCCAAAUAACACCUGUAGUCCAGUAUUUCUUAGUUAUUAUUUUAAGAUUUAUUUUAAGACCUCUUAUAUGCAUAAAAAGCUUGUGAUUAUAGGAAUGUGAAGCACAAUUGAUAAUAAAAUUAAUCGAAUAAAAAUAUUUUACGAA